AUGAGAUCAGCAGCAAUCAAGUCAACCCUGGGGUCUGGCGUUUCACCCGUUCUGUUGGGCUUUAUCCCGGUGGGAAUAGCGCAUAUCUCACUGUACGCGACUCGAGGCUCACUCAGCAUGGAGAGGCAGGGUGAUGCUUAUAGUAAUCCAAGGCCCGCCGAUAAUGCUUCGCCGUGCGAGGUGGCUUCCGCGGUGGUCAAGGAGAUCCUCUCCCCUGGGCCGCCCGACAAAUGUCCUCCCGACAGCGUGCCUUAUGGGCAGCAGUAUUGGACGCAGGGUACGUCACAGGUCCAGCAGCAGCAGCAGCAGUCUUGGGUCCAGGUCCAGCCGCAGCAGUCUUGUGCCCAGUCUUGUGCCCAGGUCCAGCCGCAGCAGUCUUGGCCUCAGACCCAACCGCAACUGAUCGACCCUUCGGUGUUGUUUCCUCGCGUUAGGGAGCUACUGGAUCCGCAAGAGAGAGUGCCCGACACGUUUGAGGAGUUUUCAACUGCCACCUUCAGGGACCCGUUUUUAAGACGCAUGCAAAGCACAGUGCUGGAGGAAUACGACAGGCUGAAAGAGCAGUUUAUACAGGAGAUAGCGGGCAAGGUUCAUAACCAUUGUGACAUGGCCUACUAUAUCAACAACACCUACUUUUACGCCUGGCUUCUCGGACGACCCAUGACCUCUGCAGAACAAGCCAAGGCUGCCUUAAUCGGCAAACAGAACAAGGUCUCUUUCCUCCAAGACUUCGCUAACAAGACCAUGACAAAUGGACUGGCAGACACAAAACAUCUAAACGACGACCACCUGGAUUUCGAUGAUAGUGAUUAUGAAAUAGACGAAGAUGACAGCUACGAGGUUCUCCAAUCGUUCUAA